AUGCGCAGUCGGCGAUCGCGGACAGGAAUAUCACAAAGACAUGUAGCCCUCAUAAAAUACUGCUCUACAUGCUUAUUGAUAUAGUUUAGUUGUGGAAACAAAUCAUUAACGGAAUAGAAGACUUUGGCACUGACAAGGGAGCUGUCUGAGGGUGGUGUUGCCAGAUAUGCUGCGAGCAUGCCAUCAAUAGCACAAACAGAGUAUGGUAUCAAGGAUGUGUGGCAAAAUAAUCUAGAAGAGGAAUUCAGGAAAAUCAGACAUGUCGUCACCAAAUACAGAUAUGUUGCUAUGGACACAGAGUUUCCGGGCGUUGUUGCCCGUCCCAUUGGAGAGUUCAGAAGUACAGCAGAUUACUCAUACCAGUUACUAAGGUGUAACGUAGAUCUGCUCAAGAUUAUUCAAGUUGGAGUCACAUUUCAAAAUGAGUUGGGUGAAACCCCAGAGCCGGUAUCAACAUGGCAGUUCAACUUCAAAUAUAAUCUCACAGAGGACAUGUAUGCCCAAGAAUCCAUAGAUCUCCUCCAGAACUCGGGAAUCCAAUUUGAAAAGCACAUUAAUGAUGGAAUCGAUGUUAACGACUUUGCAGAGCUUUUAAUGACAUCUGGAAUUGUAUUGAAUGAGGAGAUUAAAUGGUUAUCCUUCCACAGUGGGUAUGACUUUGGUUAUCUGCUGAAGAUGUUGACAGACUCCAAGCUGCCACGGGAAGAAUCUGACUUUUUCGAGAUGUUACGUAUUUAUUUCCCUAAUAUUUACGAUGUCAAGUAUCUGAUGAAGAGCUGUAAAAAUCUCAAAGGUGGUCUCCAGGAGGUGGCUGAACAGCUGGAGAUUGAGAGAAUAGGGCCGCAGCAUCAAGCUGGUAGUGAUAGUUUAUUAACGGGAGCAGCGUUCUUCAAAAUGAGAGAGAUGUUCUUUGAAGAUAACAUAGACGAUGUGAAGUAUUGUGGCCAUCUGUAUGGACUAGGGACCUCCUAUGUGCAGAAUGGCGCUGGCUACGAUAGCAUUAGCCUGCUCCAUCAGAAUCACACGAAUGUGGCAGCAACAGGGUCGGAAGAUACGAACUCCACGACCACCAACUCAUAGGACUUAACAUGAUGAUAGAUAUAACCGUCGGCAGCAUUUUGGAAUAUCACCAUGGAGACAGGAGUGGUUGGUAAAACUGACGGGUCACGGAUUGCCAUGGCAGCUAAACGAUUUGGACCUGCGGGACAUGCGGACAGAGUGUCCGAGGGAAGGCUGUGUCACACAUAGCCAGCCACUUUCUAACUGUGAUAUUAAUUUGAAACAGGGACAUUAUUUCAAUCUCAUGCUUAUAACAUAUUUCCUGCUCCUCCUGUGUUUGCAAGGUUUUUAUCCUGAUUGUAUUGUGGGUUGCCAGACAGUAUGUAGAAUCCCAUUGUCAGGACUUCUCCAUGACAAAUGUUCUCAUAUUGACCUUUCACGUGACGAGGAGAAGGAAUCUUUCAUUGCUGACGUUCCAAAAUGUUGCUCAUGCUUAGCAGCAAAACUUAAUCUUAACAAGGUCAAAUCUCCCUGAACUGUGCUUGGACAGGUGCCAAAUGCUACAGGUCAUACUUAUAGCUGACGUUUUAAAUGUCAAUGUUCAAAGUUUUGAUUUGUACAUUGCUUUGUACUCUAAUUUGGCUUAGUUUCCUGAUAGGUCUAUUGUUUUUAACUGCAAGUAGACUUUCCGGUUCAUACUUGUACAUAGCUUAGUACUGUAUUGUAACAAAAACUUAUUAUUUUCCGAUACCUUGAAGAUAGAAUUUUGCUGCUAAACAAUUCAUCACUGUAGUAUUUUCACUCAUUAAUCAUUGAAAUGUAAUUAGGCAUGGGACUCAACGUUAUCUCUACAGUCGGGGUCAUUCACUUUAUCCCAGAAACUCAUUUGUCCUCUUGUAUCUGUGAACAAUUCUUACCUGGCAUUCCACCACCUCCCAACAAACUGCCACGCUCAGUUGAACAAAAGACACUGUAACAGACUUUGUACAUCUUACUUCACUUGUAGGGUGCAGUGUCAUUUGCCGAACGUGAGUAAAGGCCUUUCCUCCUCAUUUCACAGUCUGAUAGGAAGUCAUAGUUACCCAGUGGAUAGCUGGUGUGGUGACCGUGUUUGGAGGGGUGGAAUACUGGUGUAGAAUGUCAUACAAAUCUUGCUUAGAUUUUUUGCUAAUAUUUUGCUGAAGUAUGCUGUGAAUUGAUACAUACUUUGAUACUGUUUUAUGAAAUAAGAUUUUAACCCAGUACAGAAUGUGUUAAAAAGUACUGUAUCCCAGGAAAAAGUUCACCCUUCACUGGUCAAAUCUAGGCCUGCCCAGGGUUCACAGUUGAAAUAAUCAAUGCAACAAAACUACAGAGGGUAAAAGGGCUAGUGUAACUUCUCUGAACAUUUCCUGGUAUACUGUAGUUUAAACUCGAAUGCCUGUAUACCGUCUACUUGUACCUAGAGAAUGUCUCUCCUGACAAGGGCUGUAUAGAAGUAACAUUGAUUCCUGUUGUUUCUGUUAGAACUCGUGAAUUAUUGGUACUGAUCAAAUAACACGCCUGCAUGUCUCACAGUCAACUGUCUUAUUUGAUAUAUGUAUAUCUGUUAAUGGCAGAAACAUCGGACUAAGACUGCAGGUCUGUUACAGUACUAAAUGUUUACCAUUCAAACUGCUCGGGAAACAAAGUAAUUGUCAGUACUUACAACCUCCAUGUGACUGGUAUAUAGGACUAUUGACUGACUGAACAAGAUCAACUCUGAUAGAAAUCCUAAUGCAUUUUAUAUUACAAAAUAAUUGGUCAAUUUUUUAUAAGGCCUACCUAUAAUAUUUCGUUUACUUCUGAAAAUAGCAAUGGGAUUUUUGAAACGAAAACUUUCAACUUCAAAUGAAGUGUUUUUCGGUUAAUGUUUUUAUGUUAAUUCAAAAGUUUGCAUUUUUUCUCAGUCUUAUAUAAAAAUAAUCUGGGAAAGUGCAAAUUUACCUCAGUAGUAGUGAUCAUUCUUGAUAGGGUGCAUAGCUUGUCAGUCCUAUAAAACAUUGAUAGGGUGCAUAGCUUGUCAGUCCUAUAAAACAUUGAUAGGGUGCAUAGCUUGUCAGUCCUAUAAAACAUUGAUAGGGUGCAUAGCUUGUCAGUCCUAUAAAACAUUGAUAGGGUGCAUAGCUUGUCAGUCCUAUAAAACAUUGAUAGGGUGCAUAGCUUGUCAGUCCUAUAAAACAUUGAUAGGGUGCAUAGCUUGUCAGUCCUAUAAAACAUUGAUAGGGUGCAUAGCUUGUCAGUCCUAUAAAACAUUGAUAGGGUGCAUAGCUUGUCAGUCCUAUAAAACAUUGAUAGGGUGCAUAGCUUGUCAGUCCUAUAAAACAUUGAUAGGGUGCAUAGCUUGUCAGUCCUAUAAAACAUUGAUAGGGUGCAUAGCUUGUCAGUCCUACAAAACAUUCUGUGUAUUUUCUCUUGGAUCCGUAGCCAUUUUCAGAGAUAAACAAAACGAGGUAUUUAUCAUCAAAUUUAAGUACCGGUAUUGUAUGUCCGAGUACAAAGGCAGUAUCAGAGUUGUCCUGCUCAGAAAGUGGAAUAUUUUUUAACAUGUGAUUUGAGAUUAAUAAUUUAAACUGGAUGACAAAUAUACAACAAUUAUCGUAUAAGUUAUCUUAAUAGAGGAAGCAUUUUAUAACUCUUGCCUGGAGAUAUUUCUCCCCUGCACAGUCAAAAGCAUGAUGGCUCUUUAUUGAAACUUUUUCAUUGUUUUAAGUGAAAGCUAAUUUUGGAGCUUAACUACAAACUUCUGUUUCAUCAGUAUAAUUUUUUGAUUCGUUUCAAUUUGAUUUUCUUCUUUUAUUGUUCUAAAAUUCCAACUGAAAAUACUUUUGUUUUAUUCUAUCUUUUAACAUUCUCUAAUACAACAAAACAAGCUGUGCAAAUUACAAAUAUUCUGUGAAAUGUCUAUCUGAACAUAUUUUAAUAAAAAUCACAAAAGAUACAUAGGAAUUUUGAUAAAAGUUUGAUUCCUUGACACAUUUGUGUUUUAUGGUAAACAGUAUAACUUGAUCAACACCAAAAAUGGUUUUUGAACACUUUUUUCCUGUGAUAUCUUUUAUGAACCUGGUGUUCUUUUGAGAGAUUUUUGUACUUUAAAUGAACUUUAGUGGAUGUGCAAUAAGUUACAAAUGCAGCUUAAUUUGUCCCUAAAAUCCUCAGAUUGGAAGGGAUGAGAAAAUAUAACAUGACUAUUGUUUUCAUUUUAAUUUCCUUUGGUUUCUUUGAGCAGGUGAGAUGGUUUUUAAUUAAUGAACUUGAUUGUGAUAGUUAAUUUGCUAUUGUAAUGUUCCUGGAGGUCAAAGUCAUUGUGAUUUCAUAACAACAUUGUCAGCUAACUAACAAUCAGGCUGUCAGGCUACAGGAAAUGUCAUUGGUGUAAGCCAAAUUUUGACCUUUAACCUCCCUGAAUGUGUAUUUUGCAUUUUGUUUGUUGAAUCCUGUCUGUGUAUGACUGUGAUUGGUAGAGUGGAUGCCCUCUGUCUAUUUAUUGUCUAGAUUUCUACCAUAUUUAUCCCGUCCAGGGCCCCCCACACAUCAACUCAGACCCACAGUAAAUGGUGGUCUCAUUACAGGACAAUGAAAUAGCAUUUAUUGAAAUUUUGAAUGAAUUGUCAAAAGCAUGGACUGGUUUAUUUACCAGGCAUAUGCUAAUAGAUAACUACACGACGUGUGCUGUUCCUCGAUGCUUACAACACUGAUGUUGAUAUUAGGCUAUGUGGAUGCCUCAAUGCUUACAACACUGAGGUUGAUAUUAGGCUAUGCGGAUGCCUCGAUGCUUACAACACUGAUGUUGAUAUUAGGCUAUGUGGCUGCCUCAAUGCUUACAACACUGAUGUUGAUAUUAGGCUAUGUGGAUGCCUCAAUGCUUACAACACUGAUGUUGAUAUUAGGCUAUGCGGAUACCUAUACUUGGAUUCAAUCCUGCUGAUGCAUUUUCAGACACUUCUACACUGACAUUUUUUGUUUUCUUUUUUUUUAUAGUGAAUUUUAACAGAGUCCAUUGUAUGCUGUAGUUAAUAAAUUUUGUUUUUUAGCUUGAAUUUUGUUGUAACCAUGUUCUUGCUUCCUUUGACUUGUUUGAGAUUCAUCAAACAGGUCCAUCCCAAUACAUGCGUUUUGGAGACAAAUCUAAUUCACUCGAGCCAAACUCUCCAUCAGGGAAAGUUAGGUACAGCUAACAUUGAUGACCACUGCUCAUACCUCUGCUAAUACAUCAAUGUUAUCUUUGUCCUCUGACAAGAGAUGGUAUAUACGAUUGUAUACAUUAUAGAACUCUGGAUAAACUGGACAAAGGGCAUUUAUCUGUAACUUCAUACUAUUUUUCUGAAGAUUGUGCCAUGGUGUCAUCCCUUUUAAUCCCUGUUUCUUCGUUUUAAUCACAGACUUUGUUCUGGUCUCUGCUGUGAAAAGCAUUUGGAAUUUUAGAAUAAUAACCACUUAGUCAUCAGUCCUUUUAUUUGUGGUAUUUCUAUUGUGUUUCAUUUCAUGUUGUAUCUAUAACACCAUGUUGGAUAGUGUAAUAUUUUAAACUUAAACUAUGUUAAUAUUUUUAAUUUACUGUCUACUAAUUUGAACUAUUAAAAAGUGGAUUCAUAGAGUAUGUUAUAUUGUGAUAUUUUUCUCUUUGUUCACAUGUUUAUUGUGUGAAGGGGCCAUUUCCGAGUUUGCUGACAUUAAGAAUUGAUGUAAUGGGUAUCGGGUAUCUUUUGUUUUUCCAUUUUAUAAAACUGUGUUGUUUUUUUGAAUAACGGUUUUAACAUGGUUUCUGUAAGUAUGAGGAUAUUAUCUGUCGUACCAUGGUGUUGUUCAUACAACAAGCUGUCUGCUGCUAACAAAUCUUGUAUUACAUGUAAUUCAUUUGCUUCUUCACCAAAGAAACAAAUAGAUCAUUGAUCAUUUUAUGUAUUUUGUAAAUUUAAAAGGAGAAAAGCAAGAGUUUAUGUGACUGAUCUCACUCAGAAAUAAACUAUUUCACUCAGUUUUUCAUUAACAUGUUUUCGGAUUGUAUACAAUCUUGUUAAAAGCAAAACAUGAUGUGGCCUGGUCCAGGCUUCAGAAACUUAAACUGUAAAAGUGAAGUAUUUCUGUUCCUAAUUUGAAUCUCUUGCUUUCCUCCAGAACAUUUGUCAUAUUUUUAUCUGGCUUGGUCUGUUCCUAGCCAUCAUCAGCCUCUUGACAAAAGGGGAAGUAACUCAGUCAAGAAAAGUGCUUUGUUUAUAGAUGCUGAGUUAUCUCCCCUUGACAAGUUGUGUGAGAGUUGUUUUACGUGUGGAUAUUGUGUAAGGGUCAGAAUGGUGUAUGAUGAACCCUGAGGGCUUUCAAGUUUUGGGAGAUGUGUGUUAACAUCAUUCAGAUUGAAAUUCAAACGAAAUUUGUUUUUAAUGAAGUAGUUAAAGAUUAGCUUUGUCAAUCGAUAUUGUCUUAAUUUGAUUUUUUUGCCAAGGAAACAGUUUUUUAACCAUAAUUUUGUGAAAUCAUUAAGUUUUUUUAUUUCAACAUUCAUUGAAUCAUUACUAUAGUAAAUAUUGAGAUGUUUUUAUGUAGGAGAACCUUUGUGCCACAGUUGCGUGGUUCUUGGUAGGUGUGACUGUGAUGAUUUUGUGUGUCAUUGUAACCCAAGGCAGCAGCGAACCAUGUACAAAUGUCAGCAAAUCACUUACAUUUCGCAACACAUAUAUUUUCGCAUUCAUUCAUGAAAAGAGACGAUUGUAAAUUCAGAGAUGUUGCAAAUAUUUAUACAGAAACAGUUAUGAAGCUGUUGAUGUGCAUAUUAAAAUCCUCACAAUUUAGUCACUGAACAAGCAAUUAUAUUAGCGAAAAUUAAGUGAUUUACUCUUUACCGACUCACCAAGACGUAACGGCAAAGACUGGAUGGUGUUUUGAAAAGAAAAAGUUUGAUUUAUGCAUGUCUGAGAUUAUAUAUGACUGCUGUAGUCUAGAUAUGGUGGAUUGUCAAGUUGAUGUGGCCAUACCGCAUAUUUAGGUGAUUAAAAAGUAAUAUAAAGUCUAGUUUUCUAGUCCUUGGCUUAAACCCUUUCACCGCCGCAGACCAUAAUGGACUCAUCCCCAUAAAUGCAUGGUAGAGUCUACUAAAGUUACCUAGGGGUGAAAGGGUUAAGUUGGAAAGUGGAGGACCACAACAAUGAAAUUGUCGUUGCUUUUUAUUAGCGAUUGGUGUAAAAGAAAAAGUCUGUUUGGCAUAUUGUUGAGAAUGUAACUGGAGCAGAAUUGAGCACUUGUUAGUCUGGUAUUGAGAUUGAGUAGGACGCUAUCGUUUGUGUUGUAGUCGAAGGGAAACAUCUCAAUAUCCAAAUAUUUGUGAGACAUUCGUGUAAAACAGGCGGUAAACUAAAUAAUAAAAU